AAAUGGAAUAUUCUUAUCCAGCAGCACACGAUGUGAAUGCCUUUCCAGACGAUGAAACUAACCCUCGAGUUCUGUAUGUGGGAAAUCUGCCGCCGUCAGUUGACGAAAGCCUCCUGAUGACAAUAUUUUCGAAAGUGGGCAGCGUGAUCAGAUGCAAAAUGAUACCAGAUGGCGUGAUGAAGUAUGCUUUUGUGGAGUUCACAGACAACUCACAGGCUGCAGCAGUAAAGAGUUUCAUGAACGAGAGGGAAAUCCACGGCUCGGUCAUUAGAAUCAACUGGAAAACACAGCCAAGAAAAGAUACAUCGACGCACUAUCACAUCUUCGUGGGAGAUUUGAGUCCCGAGGUCACAAAUGACGACCUGAUGAAACUGUUCUGCAAAUGCGGAGAAGUCUCGGAUGCGAAAGUGAUCAGAGAUGCGAACACGAAUAAGUCGAAGGGAUAUGGGUUCGUGUCGUUUGUUAACAAGAAGGAGGCAGAAAGAGCGAAGGAUUCUCUGAAUGGUACCAUGGUAGGCAGUCGGGCCAUCCGGAUCAAUUGGGCAGCUCGCAAACCCACCCACGGAGUGCCAGACCACGACAGCUCCUCAGACAGAAACGUGAAAGCGCAGAAUUACAAAGCUAUUGCCAAACAGGCGUCGGAGACUAACACCACAGUCUAUGUUGGUAAUGUGACCACUGCCAUUUCAGAGGAGUCUUUAAGAGACACUUUUGAGAGCCACGGGCAGAUUCAAAGCAUCAAUAUGUUUCCUCAGAAGGGAUACGCCUUCGUAAUAUAUUACGACCACGACAGUGCAACAAAGGCGAUUGCACACGCAAAUGGGGCCAAAAUUGACGGAGUGAAAAUUAAGUGCAAUUGGGGCCGAGAGAAUACAAGGCCUGAAGGUCGCGCUGAUCACCCGGAAUACCCUAACUACGGCUACGGCGAAGACAGAACAUUCGAUGAUCCAGCAACACAACAACACAGUCGAGGAGGGCCACCGCCAGGCGGAGCACCCCCUCCUGCCCCAUACAGCUAUGGGCCGCAGUAUGGAGGAUUUGCAACUCCAGGAUACGAUCCGAACUAUUACUACCCACCCCAAGGUCCAUACCCGCCACCUAUGUAUCCGCCACAUGGACCCCCGCCACCGCAUGGAGGACAAUACGGACCCCCGCCUCCGGGACAUUACCCACCUCCAGGACCCUAUGGAGGACCUCCCCCUCACCCUGGAUAUGGAGGGCCCCCUCCUCCGGGUUAUGGACCCCCACCGCCUCACGGGUACCCGCCUAUGGAUCCAAAUUACGCGCCACAUGCUGGAGGAGCCCCACCACAAGGAAGUUAUCCCCCACCCGAGGGCUAUGGACAGGGGCCAACUCCGCCUCGAGGGGGAUCGGCGACACCACCCAAUGGAUAUGGCAAACAGGAGCGAUGAUUAACACGAUCUCAAUAAAACGGAAGCAUAAUUUAUUGGAGCUUGACCCGAUUCGCUUUAUGGAAAACAGCCGAGAUGCUAUGGUCGAUGUCAUUGGGGAUCAUAAAUGUCAAAAGCAAUUGGAAGUCAGAGAAGUCUGGGUUGAUGUUUAUUUUUGGAUAUAAACUCUGAAUGUUCGCCUAAUUGUUUUCGUAGGAGUCAGGAAUAAUAAUGCAUUUUGUGCAGGAAUACAUUGGGUCAGCUUUGUGAUUUGAUUAAUUUCAUAUCUGCCGUGAUGUGAAACUGUAAAUUGUUUCUUCGAUGUAAAUUAUCCUGUGUUUUUUUUGGCUUAUGUCAAAGUCUGUUGUUCUUUUUCAGUAUUCAAUUUUUAAUGGAAA